AUGCAGGUUAGAAAAUCGUACACGAUCACAAAACAAAGGGAAAAGUGGACUGAAGAAGAGCAUAACAGAUUUCUUGAAGCGUUAAAGCUACACGGCCGAGCUUGGCGUCGAAUCGAAGAACACGUUGGCACGAAAACUGUGGUUCAAAUUAGAAGUCAUGCCCAAAAGUUUUUUUCUAAGGUGGUUCGCGAGUCGACUAGUGGUGAUGCAAGUGAGGUGAAACCUAUUGAGAUCCCACCUCCUAGACCAAAACGGAAGCCGAUGCACCCUUACCCUCGUAAGCUUUCGGCUCCACUUAAAAUGGGAGGUCAACACGAGAGGUCAACUUCUUUUAAGAUGGGGUAG